AUGGAAUCAUCUAAUAAAAUUUAUCAUAAUAUUCCGAAUCCAUUUGAACGACGUCAGUUUGCUUUUCAAGUUCUACCGGAAGAAAAAGAUCCAAUGAGUCGUGCAACAAAAUAUUCAUUUAUCAUGCCUACAUUAAAAGUUCGUCUUCAACAAUUGAUAACUACACGUUUAUGGGAAUAUAUUAUGUUUAUUCUAUCGAUUUGGUCAUUUAUUCCAUUAUUAAUUGGAAAUAAAAUACCUGAAAUGAGAAUAUUUUUUGAAUUAACAUACGAAAUUAAUAAAGCGGCAUUAUUUAUUGAAGUAUUUUGUAAAUUAUAUGCUGAUUGGCGUUGGUUUUUUUAUGAUAUAUGGAAUUUCUAUGAUCUGACUUGUGUAAUUCUCAAUUCUCCAUUUAUCUACAAUCUCUUUCUAUCUGAUUAUCUUGGUAUACCACAAACGAAUAGUAUUCAACGACUUUUUCGUACAUUACAUGCUAUUCGUUUAAUACGUAUUCAUUCUCUAUUACGUUUUGUUGUUGAAAUAAUUUUCAUUGCUCUAUCGAACAUUUAUAAUACAUUAUUAUUAGAAUUUGUUAUUGUAACAGUUUUUGCAUUACUUUCAAUAGCUUUUGAAGGUGAUACAUCUUUUUGGGAUUCAAAUAUGUAUGAACCAUAUGAAAAUUAUACUGAAGCUCUUUAUUCAUAUUAUAUGUGUAUUACAUUAGAAGGUGUUAAUGAAGUAGCUGAACAAAUUUUAGAUUUACAUUCACCAAAAUUUACUACUGUUGUUGGAUUAAUUUUUUAUAUAUUUGCUGCUAUAGUCACAUAUAGUGUAGGACAACUUCUUGCAGCUGUUAUUGCUACACAUCUUGGUAAAGCAAUGGAUCAAAUAACGCGUGAUAAAACUUCGAUAACUGAAAAUAAUUACAAUACGAAACUUAUUGGUUUACAACAUCCAACAAUUAAGGAAAGAACGAUAACAAAACCUCGUUGUAUAACUAGUGAUGAAAUUCAUAACUUUUCUCAAUUAAAACCGGAUGAUCUUGCAUUAUUAAUAAUACUCUUUCAAAUUGUCGAUAAAAAUAUAUCUGAAUAUGAUCAUAUUUUAUAUGAUAUUCGUUGUAUUGGUGAAUAUAUUGCAGAAUUUAAUCAGAAAAAUCUUAUUUCUGCUUCAUCAAGUUAUCUACAACAGCGAUUAACAAUAAUCACGGAUACUCUAAAAAAAAUUUUACAACAUUUAACCGAUCAAGAUGAAUUAUUGAGUCCAUUGGGUGAAUUUCUUUUAAAUGAAACACAAAAAUAUCACAAUAAACAAAAUGAUAUACAUAACAUAUUGAAAUCAAUUGAAGAGGAAAUAAUAAAAAUUGAAAAUAGACUUCAAAAUAAUUCUUCAAAUAUAGAACAAAAUCAACGACAUCUUCUUAUAAUCGAUCGAUUUAAAGAAAAAUUCUAUAGAAAAAAUCAAUGA